UAUUUCUUAUACUCUCAAUUGUAAUAAUAAAAUCUCUAAAAUUACUCGAGAAUGGCAAGUUCCUAUUAAUGGUAAAUCUAAUAUAAUUUGGCAAUAUAAGUCUCCAUAUAUUAGUGGAACUACAGUCGGAAAAGCAACUUUAAUCUUUGAUGCAUUCAUUGCAAGAUUUUAUAUAUUACAAGAUUUUGGUGUGGUCUUGAUUUCAACUGAAUCUAUUUUAAAUACUGACAGUGCUCUUAAAUAUCGCUUUCUGUCUGACAUAGUUGUUGGAUUUAGAUUGCUUGCAGAUAAAGGUAUUGAAAAACUCUUAUUUCCUAAUAUACAAAGUUUUCCAUUGGAUAUGAAGGUUAAUAAUAUCUCUAUGCCAUUCAUAGAAGAAGUGUCAAAGCUUAAAAGUCAAGUUGGGAGUCUAUUUCACUAUAAAACGUUUAUUUCUACAGGCAAAUCAUUUAAUAGUGUUAUGGAUUUUAUUGGAAAUAAUACAUAUACUCGUGGUGGUAUACAGCUUAAAUUCACAUCAAAAGCAUUUCUUAAUGAUACAUCAAUUUAUGGUGGAACUUUAGAACUUUCAACACCUCCAAAACUUCCUUGGACUGAAAAAGAUAUUAUAAUUUUGACAAAUGGAUUAUGUGAAUCAUCAUGUUCAAUUAUAACUCAACGGUUAGCAGAGAUUAAUGUUCCAACCAUAUCAGUUGGUGGAUUUCCAAAUACUCAAUUUUCUUUUGCUUCAUUUAGCGGCGGUGCCUCAUUUUCUACUGAUUCGAUUGCAUAUUACCUUGGAAAACUUAAAAAUCUUGAUAAUUCUUUAAUUUCUA